UUCUCCCAGACAUCUCUCAGUAAGAAAAUGCCUCGCUACGAUGAUCGCUAUGGCGGCACACGUCUUUAUGUUGGUCAUCUCUCAUCUCGCACUCGUCCACGUGAUCUUGAAGACCUUUUCAGCAGAUACGGAAGGUUGUUGGGUUUUUGCCCAACCAGGAGGUCUGUGGUGAGAGGGUGCCCUUGGUGGAAUUGGUGGCUAUUCUUGCAAAGUUUAUAAGAGACUUUGGCGAUUCUUUCUGUAGUGUUAUUGCGUGUUUUUAUGGAAUUGGCUGGAACCACAAAGUGGUGUUUUGUUCUUCUGAGGGGCGAAGUAACAUACCCUCCGCUACUUAAGUCAUGAUGGCCUUACUGUUUCUGGCAACCGUUUCCGCAGAGUACGAGAUGUGGACAUGAAGCGUGACUAUGCCUUCAUUGAAUUUAGUGAUCCUCGAGAUGCCGACGAUGCUAGAUACAGCUUAGAUGGGCGAGAAUUUGAUGGAAGUCGUAUUAUAGUUGAAUUUGCCAGAGGGGGCCCACGUGGUCCUAGAGGUUCUCGGGAAUAUCUGGGAAGAGGCCCUCCUCCUGGAUCAGGCCGUUGCUUUAAUUGUGGAAUUGAUGGCCAUUGGGCUCGAGACUGCAAAGCUGGAGACUGGAAGAACAAGUGUUAUCGCUGUGGUGAAAGAGGUCAUAUCGAAAGAAACUGCCAAAAUAGUCCCAAGAAUCUCAAACGUGGACGGAGUUAUUCACGGUCUCCAUCCCCUCGCCGUGGUAGGAGCCGAAGUCGGAGCUACAGCCGAAGCCGCAGUUACAGUCGGUCCAGGUCUCCUGCACCCAGAAGGGAUGGGCGCAGUGUUGAACGUGAUGACAGGAGAUCAAGGAGCCCUAGAUACAGCAGGAGCCCGAAGCCAAGGAGGAGCCCAUCUCCGUCUAGGGGGAGAAAGCACAGCCUGUCACCUGAUGGUAGCAGGAGCCCGCAAGAUAGCAGGAGCCCUCCACCUAAAGAACGUAGGCAAGCUGAGCGCAACGGGUCAGAUUAUGGUGAGAGCCCGAGGAGGGAGAACAGCAGGAGCCCCAUGAGCCAGGAGCGAGAGAGCCCUCCUAUGGUCCAGAGGCAUCGGAGCCCUGAGACUAACGGGAGGAGUCCCAGUCCUAGGGAUGACAGGGAUGAUGGUAACCAUAUGUCUCCAAGGGGCAGCGAGUCCCCACAGGACUGAGUGCUACCGGAGUUUGAUGUUAGCUAGUUAAACAGUUUGCGGACUCUCUUGAAACAAGUGACUGACUGAUGAACAUUGCUUGCUUUUGAAAUUGUUGAUGAAAUACUUGAUCUCAGUAACUUGCUCUC